AUGGCUACAUAACCUUUAAAGGAGAUGUUAGUUUCUGAGAAAUAGAUUCCAUCUACUAAGGCAUCAUCUAAUUUAGAUCACUUACAGAUCAAGUUUAGCAAAUUAAUCAAUGCAAAAACAGGCUCCUACACGGACGACUACAAGUUAGGCGGAGUCUUGGGAGUCGGAGCCUUUUCACAGGUCAGGAAAGUUACAAAUAGAAAAACAAAAGCAGUCAGAGCGAUGAAAAUUAUCAAUAAAAGAAGCCUAACUAAUUCGGAAGAUUAACAAAAAUUUAUAAAUGAAGUAGAAAUUUUAAGAUUAUUAGACCAUCCCCACAUUCUCAAAAUUUACGAGCAGUAUCAAGACAAUAACAACUAUUACAUUAUAUUAGAAAUGUGUACUGGUGGAGAGCUCUUUGCUAAAAUUAUAGAAAAAGGCUCUUUCUCAGAAAAAGAAGCUUCUUAUAUCAUGAAUCAAAUUGUAUCUGCAGUCUUUUAUGCGCACAACCAUAAGAUAGUUCAUAGAGAUUUAAAGCCAGAAAACAUUCUCCUUGACAUAACGUCUGAUGGCACGUAUAAUAUCAAGAUUGUUGAUUGGGGAACUUCUAAGAUUUUCGAAUAAGAUGAAGUGAUGGUUGAAAAGUUCGGAACACCUUAUUAUAUUGCGCCAGAAGUACUUAAAAAAUCAUAUAACGAGAAAUGCGAUGUUUGGAGUUGCGGAGUAAUUCUUUAUAUUUUACUUUCUGGAACACCGCCUUUUGGAGGUAAAAACGAACUGGAAAUAAUGGCAAAUGUUGAAAAAGGGCAAUACUCUCUUGAAGGUGAUAAUUUAAAACAUGUAAGUGAAGAAGCUAAAGACUUGAUUCGCUAAAUGUUAGAGUAUAAUCCUAAGAAUCGUUUAUCUGCUUCCCAAGUUUUGGAGCAUAAGUGGUUUAGUUUGAUUGAAUAAAAAGAAACAAUAGACACAGAAGCUUUCAGGGCAAGGUUGCUCGCUUUAAGAAAUUUCAGAGCAGAAAGAAAGCUUCAAUAGGCUGCCUUAACUUUUAUAGCUAGCUAGUGCACUUCUAAAGACGAAAAAAAUCAGCUAAAUAAAAUAUUUAAAGCUCUUGAUAAAAAUGGUGAUGGUAUUUUAACAAAAAACGAAAUUUUCGAAGGCUAUAGAUAAUUUAUGUCAGCCGAAGAAGCAGAAUUUGAAGUUAAUAAAAUUAUGAAUUAAGUAGAUAUAGAUAAAAGUGGUGCAAUUGACUAUACAGAGUUUAUCCUUGCAACUAUGGAGAAAAAAACCCUUUCCAAAGAAAAACUACUAGAGUCUUUCUUACUUUUCGAUUAAGAUGGUAAUGGCUUUAUCACAGCUGAAGAAUUAAAAUAGGUCUUAGGAAAUCACCUAAGCUAAAAAGAUAAUAAAAUUUGGCUUGAUUUAAUAGGAGAAACGGAUGCAAAUGGUGAUGGCAAAAUCUCUUUUGAAGAGUUUACAGAAAUGAUGAUGAAAUAUAGCAACUGA